GCUGGGCCGUCAGCUAUGGCAGGUGUUUGGGCCAGGCGACUGCGGGCUGCGAUGUGGCACCGGGCGCUGCUGCUCCUGCUCUGGCUGGCUUUGGCUUCAGUGCAGGGGCUUUACUUCCAUAUCGGAGAGACGGAGAAACGCUGCUUCAUCGAGGAAAUCCCCGACGAGACCAUGGUUAUCGGGAAUUACCGCACCCAGCUAUGGGAUAAGCAGACAGAGACCUUCCUGCCUUCCACCCCAGGACUGGGGAUGCAUGUGGAAGUGAAGGAUCCAGAUGGAAAGGUGGUGUUAUCACGGCAGUAUGGUUCGGAAGGCCGAUUCACCUUUACCUCCCAUACUCCAGGUGACCACCAGAUCUGCCUGCACUCCAAUUCUACUCGAAUGACCAUCUUUGCGGGCGGCAAACUAAGGGUACAUCUGGAUAUACAGGUUGGCGAGCAUACCAACAACUACCCUGAAAUUGCUGCCAAGGAUAAACUAACAGAACUACAACUCCGUGCCCGCCAGUUGCUUGAUCAGGUGGAACAGAUCCAAAAGGAACAGAACUACCAGCGGUACCGUGAGGAACGCUUCCGUAUGACCAGCGAGAGCACCAACCAGAGAGUGUUGUGGUGGUCCAUUGCUCAGACUGUCAUCCUCAUCCUCACUGGCAUCUGGCAGAUGCGACACCUCAAAAGUUUCUUUGAGGCCAAAAAGCUGGUGUAAAGUCCUUUCCUGUACAACCCCUUUCCUUUCAGCCCACUUACUUGGUACUUUCCCUCUAUCACACCCUGGCUACUUGGAUUUUGGAUGAAAAAAAAAAUUUGAGAAUAUAUGCUCCUUUAGUUCCAUGGCAGCCACACCAAUAAGGCUGAGGUUAGUAGCCACUGGACUACACAGAAACUAACCCCGUAUCCCCUAGCAAAGGUCAUCGGAUACUGGUCAAAGCCUACACAAAGUUCCUUCUGUAUUCUGGGAAGACGUUGAGCUAAUCAGAACAUAGCCUUGAUUUCAUGGCCUGCCUUUUUCCAUGUCCAGUCAUCUCUGCUAGCCCAUUGAUUAAGUAAAUAAGCAAAGGCCACUCACCGGCUCCCUUAAUUUCUGAUUUUCUUUCACUGUGCCUAUGUCGUGUGUAACUGAAGUGCCACGAAUAGGACACCCUAGCCUCACCACUGUCCAGUUAGUCCUGCCUUUACUGAGAUGAUCUGUGACUGUAAAUAAGUUGGCAGGUCUUAGAUACCAAGGGAAUGAGAUUUUUCUAAUAUAACAAAUAUUUUUUGAUAUGUGUAUUUUAUCCUUCAUAUCUGAAAUGUCACUGCCUGUGUGUAAGAGUGGUUGAAAAGAUCAAUGCAGAACUGACAGUCUUUAGUACUGUCUAUGUGUACAUUUUUUUUAUAACUACUGUGGCAGCCCUAAGACUCUUCAAUGAAAAUUCUAGAAGGUAGGGACCCAAGCAGACAUUUCAGCCUAUUGCUAAUAAGGCCUUGCCUGUAAGUCAUGCACAGGCCCCUUUGGACACUUUGAGCCCCUUAAGGGGAUAUGAAGUUAAGGUAGGAAGCUGUGGAGUGAGCAGUUGGAGGCAGUCAAUUUUCUUCCCUUCUUCUCUCUUUCCCCCACAGAGCUGCUAACUGUUAAAUUUUAUUUAAGAUGCAGUAAAUAUUUUCUCCAUGGGUCCCAGGUUCAGUUAUUUGUAUGGAUUUUCCAGUGAAAUAAAACCUGUUCUGGUAACUUGUGA